AUAGAAGAGCUGAAUUUAUUUUAAAAUAUCUGGCUAGAUUGAACUUUACUUUUGCAGUGAGUUGCAAUAGGGAUUUGGUUGCAUUUUGAAGCAGCAUUGGUUGCGUGGGAGAGGGAACAACACACGCACUCUUCGCUCUUGUUAGUUGAACACAACACCCCCCCUCUCUCACUCUCAAUCCUUUGUUCAAACACUUGGUCUGCACAUAACCCCCAUUUCAAGAUUUAACAUUCAAAUUCAACGGAGCCAGAGAGAUUAUAGUCAUAAUAAUAAUAAAGAAUGUCUCUGCGACCGAGUGCCAACUCUCGCUCGGAGACGAGGAAGAAGUCCUACAAGAUCGGCGUCGACGCCGACGAGGCUCGUCGCCGGAGGGAGGACAACCUGGUCGAGAUCAGGAAGAACAAGCGCGAGGACAGUCUUCUUAAGAAACGAAGGGAGGGCCUUCUCCUUCACCCUCAUUUGCCCAAUAACAACAACAACCAUGCCCCUUCUCCUUCCUUCCCCGCCAACCGGCAAUUAGAAGCAACUACUCAGUUUAGAAAGCUAUUAUCAAUUGAACGCAGCCCUCCAAUUGAUGAGGUCAUUAAGGCAGGUGUUGUCCCUAGGUUUGUGGAGUUCUUGGGAAGGCAUGAUCUACCACAGUUGCAAUUUGAGGCUGCAUGGGCUCUAACAAAUGUUGCAUCUGGAACAUCUGAGCACACAGGAGUUGUCAUUAAACAUGGUGCUGUUCCCCUGUUUGUGCAGCUUCUGAGCUCUGGCAGUGAUGACGUUAGAGAACAGGCAGUAUGGGCCUUGGGUAAUGUUGCUGGUGACUCCCCAAACUGUAGGGAUCUUGUUCUAAGUCAUGGUGCACUCAUGCCAUUACUGUCUCAAUUGAAUCAACAUUCUAAACCAUCUAUGUUGAGGAAUGCUACAUGGACUUUGUCUAAUUUCUGCCGUGGAAAGCCUCCAACACCUUUUGAACAGGUAAAGCCUGCCUUGCCUGUUCUUCGGGAGCUCAUUUACUUGAAUGAUGAAGAAGUUCUAACAGAUGCGUGCUGGGCUCUAUCUUACCUUUCAGAUGGCCCAAAUGAAAAAAUUCAAGCUGUAAUUGAAAUAGGAGUAUGCCCAAGACUUGUGGAGCUCUUGCUACAUCCAUCACCUACAGUUCUUAUACCUGCUCUUCGAACUGUAGGAAAUAUUGUUACCGGUGACGAUGCUCAGACUCAGUUUGUAAUUGAUAAAGGAGUUCUCCCCUGUCUUCACCAACUUCUUUCGCAAAAUAACAAGAAAAACAUCAGGAAAGAAGCUUGUUGGACGAUAUCAAAUAUCACAGCUGGGAAUAGAAUUCAAAUACAGGCUGUCAUUGAGGCCAACGUUAUUCCUCCUCUUGUCAAUCUUCUUCAGAAUGCAGAAUUUGAAAUCAAGAAGGAAGCUGCAUGGGCCAUUUCCAAUGCAACUUCUGGAGGAUCGCAUGAGCAGAUUCAGUUCCUGGCAAAUCAAGGUUGCAUCAAGCCAUUGUGUGAUCUAUUGACAUGUCCCGACCCAAGGAUUGUGACAGUUUGUCUUGAGGGGCUGGAUAACAUUUUAAAGGUUGGAGAAGCUGACAAGGAAAUGGGACACAACGGCGGGAUCAAUGUUUUCGCUCAAAUGGUUGACGAAUGUGAAGGAUUGGAUAAGAUUGAAAAUCUGCAGACCCAUGACAACAAUGAGAUUUAUGAGAGGGCUGUGAAGAUUUUGGAGAGAUAUUGGGCUGAGGAUGAAUUGGAAGUUGAGCAGAGUCAGAAUGGCGGGGAUGGUACUCAGCAAGGUUUUUCUUUUGGGACUAACCAGCCAACCCUCCCGCCAGGUGGUUUUAACUUCGGGUGAAGUAAUACGUAAUUACUUUUGUUGAUUACCUAGGUUUUCUUAUUUUUCCGGUCUUAAAUGGAUUUUCAGCUGUGUUCACUGAAGUAAGAGCC